AUGGGGAACAGACGCCCUCAGGAUUUAUUAUCAGAUUUGCUGGGAAAGGUGGAUGGUGAAACCAUGAUCAUUAUGGACAGUUUUGCUUUGCCUGUAGAGGGCACUGAAACCCGAGUAAACGCUCAGGCUGCUGCAUAUGAGUACAUGGCCGCAUACAUAGAAAAUGCCAAACAGGUCGGCCGCCUUGAAAAUGCAAUUGGUUGGUAUCAUAGCCACCCUGGCUAUGGCUGCUGGCUUUCUGGGAUUGAUGUUAGUACUCAGAUGCUCAAUCAGCAGUUCCAGGAACCAUUUGUAGCCGUGGUAAUUGACCCAACAAGAACAAUAUCUGCAGGGAAAGUGAAUCUUGGAGCCUUUAGGACAUACCCAAAGGGCUACAAGCCUCCUCAUGAAGGACCUUCUGAGUACCAGACUAUCCCACUUAAUAAAAUAGAAGACUUUGGUGUACACUGCAAACAAUAUUAUGCCUUAGAAGACUCAUAUUUCAAAUCCUCUUUGGAUUGCAAACUGCUUGAGCUUUUGUGGAAUAAAUACUGGGUGAAUAUGCUGAGUUCCUCUAGCUUGCUUACUAAUGCAGACUAUACCACCGGUCAGGUUUUUGAUUUGUCUGAAAAAUUAGAACAGUCAGAAGCCCAGCUGGGACGAGGGAGUUUCAUGUUGGGUCUAGAAACACAUGACCAAAAGUCAGAAGACAAACUUGCCAAAGCUACAAGAGACAGUUGUAAAACUACCAUAGAAGCUAUCCAUGGAUUGAUGUCUCAGGUUAUUAAGGAUAAACUGUUUAAUCAAAUUAACAUCUCUUAAAAAAUCACUAAGUAGUACUUUUGCCUGAAAGCCAGUAUGAGAAAAAUACUCAAGUAACACUUUGAAACCAGUUACCAAAAAUCUGAUUAGAGGAAUAAGGUGCUCUGAAGUAUC